UUUCUGCACUGUAUAAACCUAGGACGGAGUGCUGCUGCAUGGGCUCUCACUUCCCAACAAAUCUUCCUUUCACAAUUUUGGUGUUAACCUUGUAUGCAAAAAUUUUCCUAUCAAUUAAAGGCGCAGUUGAACUCAAUUCUUCAUUAGCAAGAUGUGUGCGUAUUUUUUUGGUUUUUUCAAUAAACCUAAUGGUGAUUUGUGUUUCAGUAAAUUUUUCCUUUAUCAGAAAAUGAGAUUUUUAUUUUAAUAAAAUCGUUUCUACUCUUUUACUGCUUUGUCACUCAAUUUCAAUAUAAGGAAAUAAUCUUUCAGAGAGGAAAAUUUGUCUUUCUCAUUAAAGGAAGGCAUUAAAUAAAAUGAGUUGUUAAUCAAUAUGUCCCACAUAUUUUAACUAUUUCUGCUGGUUUUGUUUAGUAGUUGAAAUUUUCGUUCCAGUUGAAGCAAGUGGUAUGUAUUUAAGAAUAAGAUAUUUCAACUGCAAGAGGCAUUAACUGUGGCCCGCCUGGUCCCAGAAAAAUUCCAAAAUUGAUGAAAAAUCAGAACAAGAGAUGUCAAGGUACGAGAUCAAGGACGAGUAUCAGAGGGAGGUGGCUCAGGAAGUACGACUCACUGGGUUUACUAGUAGUUCACCUGAAGGUACAACCAUCAUUGGCACUAAUUUAGCAAAUGAAAUCUCCCAAAGGGAUGAAAAUAAGCAAUUGAAUGUUAGCUAUAGUGAUGAAAAGCGUGAAAAAGAGAGGUUCUGCUGGAAUAGGCGAUGGUUAUGCCAGAGGCUCCGAAGAUCCUUCAAAACAAAAUUACUUUAUAGAAGAAUACCAAUACUUGAUUGGCUUCCAAGGUAUCGGAGUGAUUAUGUUGUCAGUGAUCUCGUUGCUGGAAUCACCGUUGGACUGACUGUCAUUCCUCAGGCUAUUGCUUAUGCCAAUGUUGCUGGUAUUCCACCUCAGUAUGGCUUGUACUCAUCAUUUAUGGCAUGUUUUGUUUAUACGAUAUUUGGAUCGAGCAAGGAUGUACCUGUAGGCCCAACAGCAAUCGCCGCUAUUUUAACACGUGAAACACUCACGCGCGCUCAUGUAGGCCCUAAUUUUGCUGUUUUAUUAGCAUUUAUGUCUGGUGUCGUGUCAUUGCUCAUGGGGAUUCUCCAAUUGGGAUUCCUCAUUGAUUUUAUAUCUGGCCCAGUUUCUGUUGGAUUCACAUCCGCAGCCGCAAUCAUCAUUGCUACAAGCCAAAUUAAAGACGUCCUCGGGAUUCGAAUUUCCGGGGGAAAUUUUCUUGAUACAUGGCACAAUGUCUUUGAACACAUCUGUGACACCCGUAUCUGGGACACUAUAUGGGGACUUAUUUCCAUAGCAGUCUUAUUAAUUCUUAGAAAAGUCAAAGACAUUCCUUUAAUCUCAAGGGAUACAAAAGUCACAUCAUCAACAAGCACUAAAAUAAUGCAGGCAUUCCUGUGGUUCUUGAGUACAUCAAGGAAUAUAUUAAUUGUUGUUGUAUCAGCUGUGGCCUGUUGGUAUCUAGAGAAUCAUUUGGGAUCAUCACCAGUGAUUUUAACUGGUCACGUUAAAGAAGGCUUACCGAGCCUACAAUUACCGCCUUUCACAACUACUGAGGGCAACGUAACAUACAAUUUCAUAGAUAUGGUCUCUGCACUUGGAUCUGGAUGUAUCGUUGUGCCUCUCUUGAGCCUAUUGGAGAGUAUUGCACUUGCCAAAGUCUUUUCUGAUGGCAAACCUAUUGAUGCAACUCAAGAAAUGUUGGCUAUUGGCCUAUGCAAUUUACUGUCCUCUUUCGUUUCGUCAAUGCCAGUAAGUGGUGGACUUAGUCGAGGAGCUGUGAACCAUUCAUCGGGCGUUAAAACCACUCUGGGUGGUGUUUACACCGGUAUCCUUGUCCUUGUCUCUCUUCAAUUUUUCACUCCAUAUCUCUAUUACAUUCCAAAAUGUGCUCUGGCCGCUGUAAUUAUUGCAGCAGUUUUGUUCAUGGUUGAGUUUCACGUGAUAAAACCAAUGUGGAGAACGAAAAAGAUUGACUUGGUGCCUGCAGCCGUGACUUUUAUUUGUUGUCUUUUUGUCAAUUUGGAAUUGGGAAUAGUAAUUGGAAUUGGAGUGAAUUUACUCUUCCUACUGUAUGCAUCUGCCCGACCAAGUCUCAAAGUCAUGAAAAUGAUGAGUCCAAGUGGCUGUGAAUACUUGCUAAUAACACCAGAUAGAAGUCUCUCAUUUCCAAGUGUUGAAUAUGUCAGAGCCAUGAUAAGUAAACAUGGAACACGACUGGGGAAUAAUGUUCCAGUUGUCAUUGAUUCGACGCACAUUCAGGCGGCUGAUUUUACAGCUGCCAAGGGAAUAAAGAACUUGAUCCAAGAUUUUUUUAUAAGAGGUCAACCAUUGAUAUUUUUAAAUCUAAAACCAAGUAUCAUUGCCAUCUUUCAAGGAGUUAAACCGUCAGAAAUGUGGAUCUGUUCCAGUGAAACUGAAUUAAACGAUAGCUUGAGAGAUUCUUCAACGAUUUCUGCGAUUACAGUGACACGGCACUAAUUACAUAUGCAAACAAUAAGUCAUAUAUGGAUAUGCAUGGAAAUUAGGAAAUAAUAAGACACAUUUUUAAAAUGAAAAUAUUGUGAAUAUUUUUCCAUAUACAUGUUUGCGUACAAAAAUUGAUAUUUUCACCAUACAAAUCAAGGUGGUAAAUUAACGAUGGCAAUCUAAUUGCCUUGCUCCGGCCGAUGGUUUCGCCAUAUAAAAUGUUGCCUUACCAGUGUAUCUGUAAAGAUGAAAAAAUUGAUUGAUUGCUCAUAUAUUAAUUAAAAGUGCUAGAAUACUCACGUUUCUUUAAUUGUAUUGAUGACUUGAGAUACACAGUCCUCUUUCAACAAAGUUAUUGUACAGCCACCAAAGCCAGCUCCAGUUAAGCGACUCCCGAGAACACCUUUAACACUCCUGGCCGUAUUAACGAGAGUCUCCAAUUCCGGAGAUGAGACCUCGUAAUUUUCCCGCAGUGAAUCAUGGCUUUCAUUCAUCAAUUCGCCAACUCUUUUAUAAUCUCCGGUUUGUAGUGCUUUCAUUGCUUCUUGCGUUCGUAAAUUUUCAU